AUCUCCAGGAAAUAACGUUGAGAGUGAGCUAACAACCCUUGUCGCUUUUCAAGUACCAGUUAUAAGCGAGUCAGCAGAUGUCACCGUUGUCGUUUCAUUAUUGCCUACAGUUUUUGAAUUUUUGGCAUUCAAAAAUGAUACACGCCUAUCUGUCUGCUCCGUAUUGUUCAACAUCUUCCUGGUUAUAUACUCAAAUAGAUAUAUACCUUUUCUUCCUUCACUGAAGUUCAGCGACAAGGGUUUUUAUGUUGAAAGUGCCACUAAAGAUUAUUUUCAAAUGUUCACAAAUUACAAGUUGAAGUUUGCAUGUCUCCCGUGGGGGAUGCUCACUUACAAGUUUAUCAGUACGUUUAUCGACGAUAUGUUCGUUUUUGUCAUUCGGAUGCCAAUGUUGUACCGUAUAGGACGUUUCCGUGAUGACAUAAUGUUCCUUGUGAGCUAUAUAUUCUUAACCUGCAUAUCUCCAAUCGUUAAUGCUGUAAAUUAG